AUUAACGAUUACUUUAUAUAAUGAAAUUUCCAAAAGUAUAAGCACACCCUAUUUAACAUUCUUAACCAUUAAGAACUUUCUCAUAUAAAUAACAAUUAAACCCUUUAAAAAAUCAUUUAACGUAAAACAAUUGAUUAGAAAACACUUAAUAAGAAACUUCCCAAUAAAAUGGAAUCAAAAUCAAAUAAAAUAGAAAUUCAUAAACCGAAGUCAAAACUGCUGCCUCUACAUACAUAUUUUAAAGAAAAUAUGAAAAGAUUUUUAAUAGAAACUUCUUUGAAUGGUUUAAAGUAUAUCAUUGACAUGCAUCGCAAUGUAUGGGAAAGGGGUUAUUAUUUGAUAUCGUUCUCAACUGUAUUCACCGCUGGUUUAUAUAUGGCUAUAUAUUUUUUACAAAAGUGGCAAAAUACUCCGGUUAUUAUAAGUAUGAGUUCGAAGGCCACUUCUAUACAGGAUGUCCCCUUUCCGGCCGUAACAUUUUGUAAUAUGAAUCAGGCAUUGGACAGUCGAGUUAAUGAUAUAGAACCAGACACGCCCGCCUAUGCUAUGCUGCAAAAAAUAUGUUUCCAACGUUAUAAUUAUUCACGUUAUAAGAACUAUAAGCCUCGUUUCAAAGGGGAUAAUUUGGUGCGCUUUAUCUUAAAGAACACCCAAAGUUGCAGUGACAUGAUUAUUUACUGCAAAUAUGGUCCGAAUGAAGAAACCUGUACCGAUUUAUUUCGAGAAAUUCUUUUGGAUGAGGGUAUUUGUUGUGUUUUUAAUCAGUUGCAUCCAUUUUACUUACUAUAUCGAAACUUUAGCGAAGAUAAUCUUUUAAUGCCAGCAGUUGAUAAUCAUUUUAAUGCCAUAGAUUGGACACCAGAAAAAGGAUAUCCUAAAGAAAGACCAUCGCAUUAUUAUCCUCGAGUUUCGGGAGGAACUGGAACACGUAUGGGAUUGACGGUCAUACUAAAUGUGUCCUCGGAAGAGUAUUACUGUAGUAAAAGCAAAUGUGUGGGAUUUAAGAUACUGGUGCACAAUCCCGCCGAGCAACCUAAAAUUAGCAAUUACGGGUUUCUGAUGACUACUGGCCGUGAGGCACGUAUACCCAUAGAACCGGUAUAUCAAGAUGCGGUGUCCAGCAUAAGAUCCAUAAGAACAUCUGUACGCAGAUGUUUAUUCUCCGAUGAAGGUGAUUUGGAGUACUUUCAAACAUAUUCACGCAAAAAUUGUGAACUUGAAUGUGAAGCUCGCAUACUAAUGCAAAAAUGUUCAUGUGUCCUUUACUAUUUGCCACGUUUUAAUCCGGAUGUACCCAUUUGUGGUCCGAAUAAUAAUUUUUGUACCAAUAAAGUACAAACGGAAAUUGAAUCAUCGAAUAAAAGUGUUUCGUGUGACAGUUGUCUACCGGGAUGUUUUGAAUUAAACUAUCACACUACUCUGACCGCAUCAUCAAUGAUAUUUGGAAAUUUUAAAACCUCUGAUGAUUUUCCCCCUGAAAUCUUUAAUGCCAGUGACAAUAUAAGCGAUUUGUCGAUAAUGCAUUUCUAUUAUACCUCGAAUAUAUUUCGAAGCACAACAAAAUCGGAAAUGUUUGGUUUUACGGAAUUUUUGUCAAAUACUGGUGGUCUUUUGGGUUUAUUUAUGGGUUUUAGUAUUUUUUCCAUAAUCGAGAUUGUUUACUAUAUAACAGUGCGACCCUAUUGUGCCGCUAGGACUGUUGAACUAGAAAAGAAACGAAAACAGCAAGAGGCAAAGUGGCUAAUGAGAAACUCCUUUGGAAAUGAUGGUUCUUCAUAUAAUAUUAAGAAAAAAUCUUGGUUUAAGAAAUCGAAGAAAUCCAAUAGAAAAUACAAAAAUAAUUUACGCAAUAUUUUAAUGAAACACUCAAUUCUACAGAAGGACGAUGUACAAGUUUACCCGUAUCUUGAAUAA